AUGUCAAUUUCACCGUCAGUUUUUUGUAAAAUGGUGAACACAUUAACCAAGGCUCAACGUCAAGAAUUGAAAGAAGCAUUUGACGUUUUCGAUACAGACCGAUCUGGAAUGAUAUCUGCGUCCGAAUUAAGCAAUGUAUUUCGCGCAUUAAAUAUCAAUGUCAAUAACAGUCAACUGAAUCAAUUAGUUAAGCAAAUGGAUGAGAAUGGAAGCGGACAAGUUGAAUUCGACGAAUUUGCACGUGUCAUGGGUGAAACAUUCUUUAAAAAAUAUACUCAAGAGGAAUUACGUGCUGCAUUCAAUCAAUUCGAUCAAGAUGGCUCAGGUUAUAUUCAAGCAGCAGAAUUAGAAAGUAUCAUGAGCAGAAUGGGACGACGUUAUAAUAAAGCUGAAGUCGAGGCAAUGGUAUCUUUCUUGGAUCGAUCAGGUGAUGGUAAAAUCGGUUUCGAUGAAUUUGUACAAUUAUUUCAAUAG